AUGAUUUAUCUUCAAACGAUUCGUAACUUUCCUAAAAAAAUUUUCUCAAAGAAAAGUAAAAAUGGUCCUGAGAGGGUCUCAAAAAUUGACGAUCUUUCCUUUUUGGCUAAACAAAGUUGGGGAAACAAUUUCUCCGCUCCAAUAAGCCCAAGACUGGAGAGUGGUGCUAAUGUAUUGGAUGUGGGUUGUGGUACAGGUAUGUGGGUCUGUGAAAUGGCCUCGGAAUAUAAAAAAUCGAAUUUUACUGGUAUUGAUGAAGAAGGCUAUUAUCCGACUGCAACAAUGCCCUCUAAUGCUUCCUUUUCUUACGCGUCUUCAUUGAAGCAAAUCGAAAAAACUUUUGAUUACGUCCAUUACUGUAUAAUUAAAGAAGAUCCUCAUGAUUGGACAGUCAUCGUUAAGGAAUUCAGGCGUGUUACUGAGAUAGAUGGAUGGGUCGAAUUGCUUGUUAGUGGCACUGGACAUAGGGUAAAGGAAAUUUUGAGUAAAGCGCAUUUUGCUAAUUUACAGAUUGACCAUCAACCAAUUUUCGGUACUACUAAA